AUGGAGUUUAAGCUCGCGUCUAUUUUCUUACUUGCGAUAGCAACUGGUGUACUGGCGACAGAUAUCAAAAUAAAUGACGCGCCUUAUCUAGUUAGUAUUCAAAUCCACGACAUCCAUUACUGCAACGGUGCCAUAAUCAGUAAAGAAUGGGUUAUUACAUCUGGACAGUGUGUAAAAAAUAUUGUUUUGAAUUUUCCAUACUCAACAAUACAUGCCGGGGCUACAAGUACUCAGCGCAAUGGUUCUGUUCACAGAAUUGCUACUUAUAAAUUGCAUGAGGCAUUUGAACUUGGAAGCGCAAAUAUACCAUUGAAUGAUAUUGGACUUAUUCAAGUACUCGAUCAUUUUGAUAUUGACAGUACACGUCAGCCAAUUAAAUUAAUUAACACUUACGAGCCAAAAGUACAUAAAUUAUAUAAUGUUACUGGUUGGGAUAUAUAUUAUAAUGAUAAUGAUAAUACUGAUACUGAUGUACCUGCUGUUUUGAAGAAACAAAAGUGGCUACAAAUUGACACUCCCAAAUGCAAUAAAUAUUUUUUUUUUUAUAAUAGGGCUGGAUUUAAUAACAGUUUUGUCUGCGCUGUCAACGAAGGGGAUGUGAAAAACCCGUGCACUCUCGGAGAUCUUGGGGACCUGUUGGUCAUUGAUGGAUAUCUUGUGGGCCUUAAAUCAUGGAAAAUGGAUUGUGAUCUAUAUCCACACUCACCGACUCUAUUUACUAAUGUCCGUUGGUAUGGUGAGUGGAUUUCAUCAGCGCUGGGCCCCGAUAUAAAUAUAUUAGAGACUACUUGCGAGGAUCCUGAUAAUAAUAUCGAAGAGGUCAUUAACUUCCACAGGCCCUUUUGGAAUAAUACUUUCAGUUUUUUUGAACCUCGGAACACGGAAAAAAAUAUCAGUAAAUAUUACUGAGAUUCUCAUCAACAGCGCGCCAAGACCGAAUCUCAGCAAAUAUUAUGGAGUAAAACGUAAGAAAUUAAUAACAGAUGCAUUUUUUUGACAAGGGUCUUGUCGUUUUUUAAGGUUUAAGUAGUAAUUUGAAAUAGUCAAGCAGUAUAUUUCAACGAUUAACUGUUAAUUAUAGCAGUUUAAACAUUAAAAUCAUAAUUUUACUGAUUGAAACGACAUUAGUUAUUGAACGUAACAUAAAUAAUUAUAAGUUGAACUACAAUUAUUGUCAAUCAUUUUUUUCCGUGAACUAAAAGAAUGGCUGAAUCAAAAUACAUACAUUUCGCUGAGAGAAAAUAAUUUUUGUCCGACAUCUUUGGAACGAAUCAACUGAUUUUUACGUACUUAGAUUUGAUCGAACUUGGAAACAAAUCGGUCGAGUGAUUCACGAGUUAUGCAACAAGAACGUGGAAUAAAAAAAUUUCUAUUUUUUGUUUGUCGUAUAAUUUGCAAAGUACUCGACCGAUCAACUUCAAAAUCCAAUCAGCUCUAAGUUUACUUCCGAAUUACGGUUAAUUACCGGAUUUUACCGCAAAAUACCGUAAUUUACUGCAAGAUCACCGUAAAUUACGGCAACUUACCGUUAAUUACGGUAGAUUAUCGUAAUUUACCGCAAAAUACUGCAAUCUGUCGUAAAUUGCCGCAAUUUACGGUAAACUGUCGUAUUUCACGUAAUUCUUCUGAUUACCGUAAAUUACGGUAAAUUGCAGCAUAAAAACCGCAGUAUUUCUGCAAAUUUUACGAUGCAUUUCCGCAAUUUUACCGUAAAAUGACUACUCGAUUUUUAAAAAUUAGACCGAAACCAAUAACUUCCCUUUGUUUGAUAAUUUCCAAUUUUCAUAGCGAGAAGUUGGAAAAUUUUUUUUAGACUCCUGAAAUACUGGAAAAAUUUUUAUUGCAACUAAUUAGACCAAAUUUUUCAUUAAAAAUAAUUGUUUUGUUUUUUGACUUCUGGGACCUAAACAUCUUAGUACUUUAAGAUAUAAAUGAAGUAAUAAAUUUCAAUAGAUGUGUAAAGUCUCAAAAAAGUCGUAUAUGUUUCCGCAAUUUGUAGGCGUAGAUAUAAAUAUUAAUAACUUCCUGAGAAAUAAAGAUAUCAGCUGAAGUAUUUUGAUAUCACUGUCAUGUUGAAUCGUAUUGAGGUGAUAUUAAAUUUGA